AUGGAAGGCCUGGCCAUGCUGAAGCAGCUAAUCGGUCAGCUUCAGCACCUCCUCGAUUCUCAAUCUCAUCAUCAUUCUUCCCCUUCUUCUUCUUUCAUUCUUCAACAACCUUCUCAUCACACUAUCCUCCUUCAACAACACCCCAGAUGGACUGCAUUUGACAUCGAAAAUAGCUCUGGAGAUGAUUGUUUUGGCAUUGAAAUGGCAGCUGGAAAGUCUCACAGUUUCAGGUUGCAGGAGCCUCUAAAGCCUCCACCCACUAAGAAGCCUCGAAGAGAUCGAAGUAGGGGAAAAUCGUCAGGAAGAUCCUGUACAAGUGAAGUUAUGGAGCAAGAAAUCUGGAAAGAUUUUCCUGAAGAUUUAUUUGAGGCGGUAAUUGCACGACUUCCCAUUGCCACUUUUUUCCGCUUCCGUUCUGUAUGCCGUCGAUGGAGUUCUUUGCUGGCUUCUCAAAGUUUUUCUCAGCAUUGUGCCCAAGUCCCACAAGAAAAUCCAUGGUUUUACACCAUAACCCAUGAAAAUGUGAAUUCAGGAGCCAUGUAUGACCCUUCUUUGAAAAAGUGGCAUCAUCCUUCUAUAUCAGCAAUGCCCACAAAGUUGAUUGUUUUGCCAGUGGCUUCUGCAGGGGGAUUAGUUUGCUUUUUGGACAUUGGCCAUCGAAACUUCUAUGUAUGUAACCCGCUGACUCAAUCCUUCAAGGAGUUGCCAGCUCGAUCAGUGAGGGUCUGGUCUCGCGUUGCUGUAGGGAUGAUAGCGAAUGGAAAUUCUGCUGGUUCAGGCUACAAGAUCCUAUGGGUGGGUUGUGAUGGAGAAUAUGAAGUCUACGACUCAGUGAAAAACUCUUGGAGCCGUCCAGGAAACAUGCCUGGAAGCAUGAAGUUGCCACUGGCCCUUAACUUUAGGUCACAAGCUGUCUCUAUUGACAGUACACUUUACUUCAUGCGUUCAGAUCCAGAAGGGGUUGUUUCUUAUGAUAUGGCAACGGGAGUUUGGAGACAAUACAUAAUCCCAGUGCCAUUGCAUCUGACUGACCACACUCUGGCUGAGUAUGAUGGCCAUAUCAUGCUCGCAGGAUUGCUCACAAAGAAUGCAGCCACGUGUGUAUGCAUAUGGGAGCUGCAGAAAAUGACGCUCUUGUGGAAGGAGGUAGACAGAAUGCCAAAUAUAUGGUGCUUGGACUUUUAUGGUAAGCACGUUAGAAUGACUUGCCUGGGUAACAAAGGCUUGCUCAUGUUGUCCCUGAGAUCAAAACAAAUGAAUCGGUUGGUUACUUACAACAUAGCAAAGAAGGAAUGGCUGAAGGUUCCUGGGUGUGUGGUGCCGCACGGGAGGAAACGGCAGUGGAUAGCAUGUGGAACUGCAUUUCAUCCAUGCCUGACUGCUGUGGCUUGA